AUGAGCUUUCUUUUUGUUGUGAAUCUUAAAUUAAUGUCUACCUACGCUGACAGAUACUUCCCUGACGAACCCACAGGACCAAAGGUCGUCACUGAAACCAUUCCUGGUCCGAAGGGUAAGGAGGUGAUCAAAUCUCUCUCUGAUGUUUUUGAUACUAGAUGCGUCUUCUUCCCUACCGACUACGAAAAGUCUUACGGUAACUAUAUCGUUGAUGCUGACAAUAAUGUUCUCUUGGAUACCUACUGCCAAGUUGCUUCCAUUGGACUGGGAUACAACAAUCCUAACUUGAUUAAGGUGGCCAAAUCUGACAAGAUGAUCAGAGCCCUUACCGACAGACCAGCCUUAUCAAAUUUUCCUGGUCUUGACUAUGAGGAAAUGCAAAGAGAUAUUCUUAAGUAUGCUCCAAAGGGCCAAAAGUAUGUCUGGAACGGACUUUCUGGUGCGGACGCCAACGAGUUGGCCCUGAAGGCUGUUUUUUUCAACUAUCAGUCCACAAAAAGAGGAUAUGACAGUCCAUUCACUGAGGAGGAAGAGAGGUCUUGUAUGGAGAACCUUCCUCCAGGUAAUCCAGAGUUGGCCGUUCUAUCUUUUAAAAGGGCCUUCCACGGUAGAUUGUUUGCCACGGCUUCCUUGACCAGAUCAAAGCCAUUGCACAAGAUGGAUAUGCCUUCUUUCCACUGGCCUACUGGUGAGUUCCCUGCUUAUAAGUAUCCAUUGGAGGAGAACGAGGACCAAAACAAGAAAGAGGACGCAAGAUGUCUUGCAAUUGUUGAGGACAGGUUCAAGAACUGGCAUUGUCCAAUUGCUGCCCUCAUUAUUGAGCCAAUUCAGUCCGAGGGUGGCGAUAACCAUGCCGAUGCUGCUUUCUUCCAAGGUCUUCGUGACAUUACUUUGAAGUACGGUGCCAAAUUAAUUAUUGAUGAAGUCCAGACUGGUUGUGGUGGUACUGGUAUCAUGUGGGAUCAUGAGAGAUAUAAUAUCACCCCUCCACCAGAUCUUGUCACCUUCUCCAAGAAGAUGCAAUCAUCAGGUUACUUUUUCCACGACCCCGAGCUUAUUCCCAACUUACCAUACAGGCAGUUCAAUACCUGGUCUGGCGACCCUAAGAACAUCCUCAUGUGUGGGGCAAUCAUGAAGGAGAUUAACGAGAAGGGGUUAUUGCCAUCUUUGAGGGAAACAGGUCUCUACUUCUAUGGUAAAUUAGAGGAACUACAGAAUGAGUACCCUAAACUUAUUUCAAACUUGAGAGGUAAGGGAAAGGGAUGCUUCAUGGCCUUCGAUAUAUCAUCUCCUGAAAAGAGAGCCAAAUUCUUGGCCGAAAUGAGAAUAAAUGGCGUCAACAUUGGUGAUUGUGGCUCUCUUGGUGUCAGGCUUAGACCCGGCUUAACCUUCAACAAGAAGCACGUUGAUGUGUUUAUUCCAAUUAUGAAGACUGUUCUUUCAUCUUUAUAG